GCUGUGGAGAGAUGCGUCGUGUGCUCUCAUUGGGUUGCUGCUGUGACAGUGGACUGAGUGUGAGUCUCGUGGAGUGAUAGGCGUGACCUGAGGCGCACAGAAAGCCUCAGCACUGCCAUACUGCUGUCAUACUACACUACACUCUCAAGCGCUGCGUGGACGUAUGACACUCCUCACAUCACAAGGACAGAUCUCAGUAGUGUCUCGAGCGCAUGAUGCGUCUCCUCUGUAACUCUCCUCGAAACAUCUCCAGGCAGUAGAUCGGUCGAGCACGCCACUUCUCUGAUUCCUCCAACAGACCCGACGAUGGCUGAAGAGGAGAGCGCGAGGACAGUUUCAGACUCAAACACGGACAGCACGAACUUUAGCGUGUUAAGCUGGGAGCAGGUCCAGCGCCUGGACCUCAUCCUGACCGAAAGCAUCCCGAUCCACGGCAGAGGAAACUUCCCCACGCUGCAGAUGAAGCCGCGGCAGAUCGUGACGGCGGUGCGGAGCCGCAUGCGGGAGCAGCGCAUCCAUGUACGGGACGUGCGGCUCAACGGAUCCGCUGCCAGCCACGUACUGCACGAGGACAGCGGACUCGGCUAUAAGGACCUGGACCUCAUUUUCUGCGUGGACCUGAAGGGAGAGACGGAGUUUCAGAUCGUCAAGAACAUAGUGCUGGACUGUCUGUUGGACUUUUUACCUGAUGGGGUCAACAAAGAGAAAAUCACACCGUUGACCCUGAAGGAAGCAUAUGUGCAGAAGAUGGUGAAAGUGUGCAAUGAUUCAGACCGCUGGAGUCUCAUCUCUCUCUCCAACAACCGGGGCAAAAAUGUGGAGCUCAAGUUCGUGGACUCUUUGCGCCGGCAGUUCGAGUUCAGUGUCGAUUCUUUCCAGAUUAAGCUAGACUCUCUGCUACUUUUCUACGAGUGCUCCGAGAACCCCAUGGCCAAAACGUUUCACCCCACCAUCAUUGGCGAGAGCGUGUACGGAGACUUCGCCAUGGCAUUGGACCACUUGCGCAACAAGGUGAUCUGCACGAGGAACCCAGAGGAGAUCCGAGGAGGCGGCCUGCUGAAGUACUGUCAUCUUCUGGUGAGGGGAUUUCGCGCUGCCUCCGAGUCGGAGAUGAAGUCUCUCCAGCGCUACAUGUGCUCCCGCUUCUUCAUCGACUUCUCGGACAUCUGCGAACAGCAGCGCAAGCUGGAGUCUUACCUCCAGAACCACUUUGUGGGCUUGGAGGACCGCAAGUAUGAUUAUCUAAUGACGCUGCAUGGGGUGGUUAAUGAGAGCACGGUGUGUCUGAUGGGACACGAGCGGCGGCAGACCUUAGGGUUGAUCGCCAUGCUGGCGGUGCGUGUGCUGGCCGAGCAGAACGUCAUACCCAACGUAGCGAAUGUCACUUGCUAUUACCAACCUGCCCCUUAUGUAGCAGACGGUAACUUUAGCAAUUAUUACAUUGCCCAAGUUCAGCCGGUCUUUACCUGCCAUCAGCAAACCUACUCCACAUGGCUACCUUGCAACUGAGAGAAGGUGAAAAAGAUGAGCUGAAUCAUGGCAUUGUCGUAAGCGAGCUGAAAUUGUUUCGCAAUUGCCUCACUUCCCCCUGUGUGCAUCAAUGCUUGAGUGAAAUGAACCAGGCUCAGUGAAAAACAGCUCCAGUGGGGUUUUUGUUUGUGCAGACUGGUGCUGUUUUCUGAAAUGAGAUGGCCAUUUGGAGGGCAACUUCUGCUCUGCCUUGCUUAAUUCUUGGCUGAUCGUGAGGCUUUAAACGUACUAACGUGUUUCUGACCGGUUGACACUGUCAAGAACAUUUCAUGUCUGUCAUUAGAUGCAUCAAAAGGGAAGCUCGAGAUGCAGUUGCAUCCUUUAGUCCAAACAGAACCAGAUGUAUCGCAAAGAACCUUUCACAAAGACUCUCUGAAUGAGGGAGGAAAAGUCAAAAAGUACAACGAUUACAGUUUGUACAAACCAAAGAUUUUAAGAUUGUAUUUUUAUACCCAGACUAUCAAAUGAUAGUGCUGUCUAUAUUUGUACAUGUGAAUGCAUUCAAAGUGCCUAAUGUCAAUGCAGUAUGCUGAGGUGAGCAAAGCAACCUCAUAAUCUCGAAAUACACGACAAAGGGACUAAAAGCUUGUGAAUGUACAUGAUGUGUCCUGAUUUACAAGUGUCAUUUUUCUUUGCAGUUAUUUCUGAAGCAGUAUGUCUUGUAAUUGAUCUCUUAAUUUAUUGUUUCUGAGCAGCAUCCAGAUAACAAACGUGAGAUGUAAAUCCGUCUUUUUUGUUGCAUUUCUCAGCGUGUCAACAUUUGUGCCAGCUUUAAAGCAGACAGCAUCCUGUGUCAGGUGAGCGUACGGCAGAAAACAAAGAAAAGACUUGUUUCACGCAAAGUUCGUUUCCUAACUUUCUAGAAGAAAGAUAUUUGCAGAAGCACCUUUGAUGGUGGGACACUAUUUGCUGUAACAUCCAAGCAGGGAAUUCGACAGCUCUUGCUGAAGCGGUCGAAACUAAAACGGGCUGUGUUCAUGCACUCCCGUCACAGCUGCUCUGUCGGCUGAACCUGACCCCACGUUCACCCCCUGUUAACAGAAUGUUAACCUGUUCUUGAUUAAUAGUGCUGCGGAAGGAAGUAGGAGGAGCUGGGGCAUAUAUGUUUAGACUUGACAAAGAGACUUGAGAGGAGAAGGAAGAGGAAAGCGAGAGUGCGAGAGAGAGAAGCGAGGACGCAGACGAGAGGGAGGGAGAGAGGGAGGGCUGGAGAGAUGGGUGCAGCUGGUGAAGGGGUUUAUCUCCCUCAACAAAUGUCUUUUAAUCAAUACAGCUUAUUUCAUUACUAUGAGCAAUUGGGCUGAACAGACACAAGUAUUUAAUAGGUCUGAGAAGCACAGAUCAUUUUGAUUCAGUGGAAUGCAAACUUUGCAGUUGAGUUUCCAAUAUUUCAUCAUAUCAUAUCACUCAACUCAAGUGCUCGUAUCAAUCAGAUUUUACACUAUUUGGCAUUAUUAAGAUUAAAUGAGCAGAAAUAAGCUUUUGUGCAUUUGUGAGAUUUGAGAUUUUAAAGGGGUCAUAUCAUACUUUUUCCAUUGCAUUUCCCUCACAAUGUUUUUUUUUUUCUUUUUAAAAUAGUCUAGGACUUCAUUGAAACCCCUGUCAAACCCUGUGCUUUGCUCGGCUCAUACACAAGCUUUUGGGUAUUUUUUGGCUUUUUCUUAAUGACGCAUUCUUUGUGAAGGUUUUGGAUCACACAGUAAAUCAUUGAUGUGUAAAUAAUGUAUUCAUCUGUCUGUUGUCAGAAAGUUGUAGAUGUUUAGUUUCAGUAAAUGCUGUUUUUGGACUGGGAAGCGAGUUACUAAAAGUUACAGUAUGGUUAUAUAGUAUUCACAAAUAUAUUUGUCAGCUGAACCCUUUUGACCUAAAAUAUUUAUUUGAAGUACCCUCUAAGAUUUUAAGUUAAUAUUUCAAUAAUUUCUAUAAUAUUAACAACAAUAACAGCACAUUUGCAUGUUCAUGGUUGUUGGUUAAUUGUCAAUGACAUGCAGGUAAACAAAUCUUUAAGUGCUUUAUUUUAAAUAUUUUUAUUUUACAAUUAUUUAUUUUGAUUUUAUAUUUUUAUGAUUGAAUUAUUAGGUUUUCAUGAACUCAAGAACCCCAUGCACUUCCCACCUUAUAUAGCACAUCAAACAGUUUUAUCUCAAAAUAUGAUUCCUUAUGAUAUGACCCCUUUAAAAUCAUCAAUGGAUUCAUUUCUAAUGGUUUUAAGAUAUGGUCGUUUAAGUGAUAUCAGUCGGUAGAAUUUGCAUUAACAUUAGUUUUUAACCAUUGGGGUCUGUGCUGAUCAGGAGGGCCGUAUGGUGCACCUGUGCAUGUUCACACAUCUUAUCUUUUUUUGUUUUUUACACAUUUGCAUCUCCUGUUUGUGGUUCUCUCUCGCCCUCCAGUUUGUUGUUAUGUUUGUCUUAACAUUUUGACAGUAUCCUGUGGAUUGUGCUGGCAGCGGGAUGUUUGACUCGCUCUGUGAAGUUUGGAGUUCCAUUCUUGCCAUUCAUCGGAUGAUGCCAAACGCUUAGUGGUCAAAUGUCUUGUAAAAAAAAAAAAAAAAAAAAGUAUAUUUUUAGGACAAAUAAACAUUAUGCUUGUUUUUCUGUUUGUAUCAGUGAAUUUAAUUGUCAUUCUGCUUUGAAUUCUUUGUUCAAGCUGCUAAAUGUCAUUUUUUUUAAAGAAAAAAAAAACUGCUUAUUUUGUGUAUAAUUUUUGUUCAAUUGUUUAAAGAUUUGAAACACGUUUUCCUCAAUAAAAACAAAAAGAAUUGCA